AAUGUCACAUCAAGUCACAUGUCACCAUCUCAAAAUUUUUUAAAAGGUUCGCAAGUUGUUUUUUUUUCUAAAAUUUUUUGGUUAAUUAUUAAUGAGAUGGGCAUUUAACAAUUUUUCAAGUUGAAUUGCAAUAAAGGAAUAUGGGUGUCAUUCAUGCUAAGGUUCUAGAUGAGACUGCAACAAAUAUUAAACGUUUUUCGAAGCAAACUGGAAUAGCGGAGCCUUUAGAGAAACCCGAUAUUCGUGAAGUAGAUUUAGAAAAUAUUCAGGUUACCGUUGACAAAAUAAAUGUUGACGGUUUAACACGAACAAAAGAUGAUAUCAUUGAAGAUUGCAUUAAGGAUUUGUUUCAAGCACAGCAUUUUCAAGAAGUUCUUUUAAAAGCUCAUAAAGCUCGAAUUAAACUAGAGGAACUGGGUUGUUUCAAAAAUAUCGGAGUAUAUAUUGACGUGAGCAAAGGCCCGAAAGCAAGAUCUGACGGUUUAGAAGUGACGUUUGACGUUAAAGAGCAGAGACGUGUAACGGGGGGCGUUACUACCCAUAUUGGAAAUAACGAAGGAGUGCUAUUGGUGGGCUUACGUUUACCAAACUUAUUUGGAAGGGGUGAAAAAAUCCAGCUGGAAUACAGUCAUGGCUCGAAGAAAACCAGUAAUUUUAAUUGUUCAUUUAUUAAACCGUUUAGAGGAAAAUAUAGACCUACUUUGACCGCUGCGAUAUUACAAAAUCAGUCGGAAUGGCCUAAUUCGGGUUAUAAACAGCAAGAAAGAGGCAUCCUUUUUGACCUCGGAUUCUACUCCAAUUCUCUGUUCAAACACAAUCUGCAAUGGGAAGGAAUCGUUAGGAAUCUUUCGACGUUAACUCGAACAACCUCGUUUGACGUUAGAGAACAAUCUGGUGUUUCUUUAAAAUCAUCAUUCAAGCAUUUACUUUCUAUUGAUCUUAGAGACGAUCAUAUUUUCCCUAAUACAGGUUCUUUCGUUCAACUAACAUCGGAGUUGGCAGGAAUUGGAGGCGACGUUGGAUUUCUUAAAAACGAAGUGUCCGUUCAAGAUAACUACUAUCUUUUUGACGGGCAUGUUUUACAAGCCAGUUUUAUUGCUGGAUAUUUAUCGAGUAUCAGCAAUACGCGAAAAAUCAGUAUAGCAGACCGAUGCUACCUAGGAGGGCCCCUAUCGGUUAGGGGAUUUGAAACUAGAGGCGUUGGCCCGCAUUCAGACGGAGAUGCCCUAGGUACAAAUUCUUAUUGGGCCGCAGGUUUACAUCUCUUCACUCCGUUGCCAUUUAGACCGGGAAGAGGUGGAUUUGGGGAACUUUUCCGAACGCACUUUUUCCUCAACGCUGGCAACGUUGGGAAUUUUAACUUGGUUAAAAUGAACAAAUCCGAUAUAAUUCAAGUUCUAAUAUCGAACGUCAGGAUUUCCUAUGGAGUUGGAGUCGCUUUAAAACUGGGAAACAUAGCUCGAUUGGAAGUAAAUUAUUGCUUUCCUUACAAGUUCGACAAAGGCGAUCAGACCCAUCCGGGCAUACAGUUCGGUAUUGGAGUGCAAUUCUUGUGAAAAAACAUUUUGUAAAUUUGUAGUUUUGAUUUGCUAUGGCUACGAUUUGAAUGCUAUGUAAAUUAUUAAAUAUAUUUGUUGAUUUUUAUUUAUUUAAAACUUGAUAUUACUAGACAUUCUGUCAAAUAUGUUCGUAAUAUAUGUUAUUUUUGUACA